AUGGAGGAUGGCUUAUCCGAGAGCAUUCCGCCCCGAUAUCAUAGGCGCCGGCAGAAUGAUCAGGCCGUGGAUAAAUCUCCGACAGUUCCAGAGGCUAUGCGCAUUGGCGGAGGGACAAGUGGAGAAGUUCAACUCGUUUUGACCUCGCAGGGGGGCGUGGAUCGCGCCAAGACCUUGCGUAUUGUGAAGAUGCUCGCCGUCGUUAUUGUUGUAUUUGGAAUGUCUUAUCUUCCUUUAAUGGUUAUUUUCAGUCUCUUCAAGGUAUAUCACACAUUAAGCGAACUCAACCUCGUUCCAGCUGACUGGAGCCCUGUCUGGAUGCCAAUCGCCAUCCCCAUUGCACAGUGGUUGUAUGCCUCUAACUCGUGUGUCAACCCCUGGAUAUACUGUUUCUACUCGCGAACCUACCGUGAAAGCUUCCGGCGCAUGUUGCUGUGUUGUCGAGGCGAGUCUCGAACGAUGCCUGGCCGGUUUGGUCACAGCAUCAUGGCUGUAUCUUCCAGAAGCAAAAGAUGCCAUUCAAAUACUGUGUGUAUAAGUAGCAAGGAUGCCAUUGACAUAUCAAAAUGUGAUAGUGAGAUCAUUUCAGUAUAA